UGUGGCGAAAUAGGGAAUGGAGAGCUUGGUGAGAUUUGUGAGGGCAGCUCCGGCGAUCAGUUUGAGGUGUGGAAAAAGUGGAAUUGGGAGCUUGGACAGAGCUAGGGUUAGGGUUUCGACUAUGGCGAGUGGAGAAGGAGCUGUGAGGUUUGCUUUGUCUGAGAAAAGCACGCUGGUGAUACAGAUGGGUGACAUCACCAAGUGGUUCGUCGACGGCUCCACUGACGCCAUCGUUAAUCCAGCUAAUGAGAGAAUGCUUGGAGGUGGUGGUGCUGAUGGAGCUAUACAUAGGGCUGCCGGCCCGGAUCUGUUACAGGCAUGCUAUGGUGUUCCGGAAGCUAGGCCAGGAGUCCGCUGUCCCACCGGAGAAGCUAGAAUCACCCCGGGUUUUAAGUUGCCUGCGUCGCAUGUGAUUCACACUGUUGGACCUAUCUACCGUCCUGGUACUAACCCUGAAGUCUAUCUGAGCUCUGCAUACAGGAAUAGCUUGAGCAUAGCCAAAGCACACAACAUUCAGUAUGUUGCAUUUCCUGCUAUAUCUUGUGGUGUGUAUGGAUAUCCUUAUGAUGAAGCUGCAGAAGUGGCUCUAUCCACAAUUAAAGAAUCCGUGAAUGACAUAAAGGAGGUGCACUUCGUUCUUUUCAUGGAAGAUAUUUACAAUGUCUGGUUGGACAAGGCAAAUAAGUUGCUUAAAGCCUAAUAUGCAUGAGGAGCAAAGAGCAAUGAGCUUGCAGGUGUAUAAGCCGAAUGUCAUUUUGCAAUGUAAACCUUUCAUGAACUGGGGCAGAAGUGUGGUGACUUAAAAGUUAAUGGAGAUGUUAUUAAGCAUAUGUUAGAGUGGAACUUCAGAACCUACUUCAAUGAUUUAUGGCAUCUGAUUGGGCAUCUAAUUAUUUUACAGUAUCACACUAUCA